GCGGAAGACACGUAGCACCACAAGCAGCACGUCGUCUGUUCUGUUAGCAACAGUAAAGUAACAGCAGUUUGACAAUUUACAUCAAAUCGCAAAUACGAAAAAUUUUCAAUGUAAGAAUUACUACCACUUUCUUCUAAAAAGCGGACUGGAGAAAGCAAAAUUAUUGGGUUUGGUCGUCUCUUUCUGCCCAUCAUCACCAACUUUCACUGGCAUUUCUCUUUCUCCAACUCAUUUCUCCAGAUAAAAAUCGUGUUCAUUUGAUUUUUUGAUUAGCCAAGUUAUCAGAACUUUUAAUUUUACGACAAUGGAUUCUCCGAGAUUUGACCUGGAUAAGAAAACUGGAUGGAGGAACAGUCAUAAUUCGUCCUUCAAUUCCAACAAGAGCACGGGAAGUGGGAGUGGCAGCGCGUCGUCAAACUCCGCCUCGAUGGAUGAGGAUGAAUUUCAAAGCGAGAGGAUAAUUCAAUCGUUAACUUCAAAAUACACGGAAUGUGAAGAAGGCAGUGAUCUCCUCGAGAAAACUUUGGAGCAUUUACGUGAAAAUAUCAAAGCUGGGAUUUGUCUUAUUUGUAUAGAAGAUGUCGGACGGAAUGAAGCUGUCUGGUCAUGUGAAACAUGCUAUUGUAUUCUUCACUUGGUAUGCAUUCAACGAUGGGCUCGUGAUAGUAUGGAUAACAUCAAGGAGAAAGCGGCUGAUCGAGGGUGGAACCUUCCCAUUAUUUAUUGCUGCCCAAAGUGUCGCAAAGAGUACCCUGAGGCUCAAUUUCCGGAUAAGUAUCGAUGCUACUGUGGCAAAGUCACCAAUCCAAAAUCAGAUCCUUGGAAUGCACCCCAUUCUUGUGGAGAAACGUGCGGAAAACCACUGAAACCAGAGUGUGGUCAUCAUUGCUUGCUCCUCUGUCAUUCUGGACCCUGUCCCCCUUGCCCGAAACAAGUCACUAACACCUGCUACUGCUCCAAAUCUACGCCAAAAACGUUGCGUUGCUUCUCGAAAACAUGGUCAUGUGGGAAGCCCUGCUCAAAACCACUCCUCUGCCAAUUCCACAAGUGUCCGGAUACCUGCCAUCCUGGAGUCUGUUCCCCGUGUGAGGUUCCAGUUACGCUCACCUGCAAGUGCUCCAACCCAACCCAGAUUAUCACCACAUGCUGGAAGUUGACCUCUCAGGAAGAUCCAAAAUUCAUCCUCUCUUGUGGAAAACAGUGUGGAAAGCCGCUGGAUUGUGGCGUCCACUCGUGUAGUCAACCUUGCCACGAAAACCAGUGUUCCACAUGUGAACGGACCUGUCCCUGUGGGAAGGCCAAAGCCCCUUGUUCGGGCGACAUCGAAGUUGGAAAACCUUGUGAAGAUACUUGCGACAAACUCCUCGACUGUGAAAAUCACUCCUGCACCCAAAAAUGUCAUCUCGGCUCUUGCGGUUCCUGCUUGCAACACGUCACCAAGAAAUGCAAAUGUGGUCAGUACGAGAAGGAAGUCCUCUGCUCGAAAGAAUUCGUCUGCGCCACGAAAUGCAAAAUCCUCCGCGAUUGCAAGAUCCACCCCUGCAAUAAGAAAUGCUGUUCGGGAGACUGUCCCCCGUGUCGGAACGUGUGUGGGAAAACGCUCUCUUGUAAAAACCACAAGUGUGAAUCGAUCUGUCACUCAGGCCCAUGUUAUCCGUGUCCGGUCACGGCGCAGGUCAAGUGUCGCUGCGGAGAAACAGUUCGAUCUGUUCCAUGUGGUUCGGAAAAACGGUGCAAACCUCCAGAUUGCUCUCUCCUAUGUGCAAGGCCCACGAAAUGCGACCAUUCCAAGAUCCAAAACCAUCGAUGUCACUUUGGAGAUUGUCCAAAGUGUCGGAUUCCAUGUGGGAAGACUCUUCCUUGUCGACAUCAAUGUCCCGCUGUUUGUCACACGACAAAAGUCAAGGGCGAAGUUAGCAAACCGUGUCCGAAAUGUGUUCAGUUUGUCGAACCGAAAUGUCGUCUACAUCGCGAGGUGAAAGUCCUAUGUCAUGCCGUGGAUCAGAGAUGCACCCAAAUUUGUGGAAAAAUUUUGUCUUGUGGUGAACACGCCUGUUCUAAACCUUGUCACGAAGAGUUGACCUCGCAGGAUUGUGGGGAGUGCACCGAAUCCUGUUCCAAGCCUCGCCUUCCGGGAUGUAAUCAUCAGUGCGAGUUGGGAUGUCACACUGGACCUUGCCAGCAAUGCAGUCUCGUGGCGAAAGUGGCAUGUCACUGUGAGCAAGAAGUGAUGUUUGUACAAUGCUAUAAACAAGGGAGGUUGUCUGAGUAUGAAAAAUCUUGCAAGAAUCAGUGCCCCAAAAAGCUCUCUUGUGGUCACCGCUGUCUCACCCUCUGCCACUCAGGACCUUGCCCAGAACUAGAGAAAUGUCGCCGCAAAGUAAAACUCACCUGUAAAUGUAAACACGUCAAAAAAGACGUCGAAUGCUUCCUCCAGGAUGACGAGCAAAAUAAAAUCAUCGAAUGUCAACCUGGACUUUGCUCUAUUCCAAAAGCCGUUAAGGACACACCGUCUGGCGGUGGGGCGAAGAAGAGAACACGAAAGAAGAAAGUUUCCGAGGGGGAUGCCGGAAAAGAUGACGAUGAUCCGGACGGUACUUCCGCCAACAAUAUAAAAACUGACAACGAUCUCCAAGCUGGCGUCAAAAAGGGGAGCAUUUUCAGCUCAAAUCUCAAAGCCAUCUUAAUCAUUGCCGCAUCUGCGUUUGUUACUGCCACCGUGCUAAAAUUUUACGGCAGCUCGAUCAUUCCAGACGAAUAUCGACACAGUUAUGGAAGUGGGGCGUCGUAAUUCGUUAAAAAUAAUCUUGUUCCUUGUUACUAAUUAAAAUAAGUUGUAAACUAGAUUAAGAUGUGAUAGCCACAAAAUAUAUAAAAAUGUGAUAUCAUACACAGAGUGAAAUGUAGCAUCUUAAAAAACAUUAGUCCUGUUGUUGUUGUUACAGAACACGGUAGUUAAUAAUUGUUGUGAGUAUGAAUUAUUACUUUAACUUGUCAUUCAUUGUUGUACCACUGUCUGACUGAAUCUGUUACAUAUUUUUAAAUAAUUUUUUUAACCCUACCACAUAAUAAUUAUUGGUUUAUAUUUCGUUUUUUUUGUGGUAUUGUCCACCUUUUCACUUUCGAUAUGCAUUUGUUUAGCUUACGAAUGAAUUAAUUUAUUGGAUAAAGAAUUCACAAAUUUUAAAAUUGUAUGGAUUACUGAAUGAAUAGCGUACAUAUUAAUGUGUAGAAGUUUUGACCAUAUGUCAUUAAAUAGAAUUGUUGAAAAUAUUAAA